AUGAAAGAGCCUAGUGAAAAGAGUAAUUUAAAGGCAAUGGAAGAUGGCCACGGACGCUAUGGGGCGGAAUGCGACUGGUGGUCGCUUGGAAUAUGCAUGUACGAGAUGCUGUAUGGUGUGGCGCCGUUUUAUGCUGAAAGUUUGGUGGAAACAUACGGAAAGAUCAUGAGUCAUCAGGAAAUGCUGGACUUCCCAGACGACAUCGACAUUUCGGAAGAGGCAAAAGACCUAAUGAAGCGUUUAAUUUGUCCCAGGGAGACACGCCUUGGGCAAAAUGGCUUCAUUGAUUUUGCAUCGCAUCCAUUUUUUGACGGUAUCAACUGGGAAGCAGUUCGUGAAAUGGACACACCAUACCGUCCAGAAGUUUCAAGCCCAACGGAUACAUCGAAUUUCGACGUUGAAGCCUGCUCACCUGAUUUUACUCCCUGCGACACGAAACCACCAAAUGUUACGGCUCCUUUUACUGGACAUCAUUUGCCGUUCAUCGGAUUUACUUACACUCACGACAGCAUACUAUCGGAUUGCAAAAGUCUGUCGUUAUCGGGCCUAGAUUCAAGUGCAGAUUCGCUGCCAGCCUUGACAGCCGAGGCGUAUGAAAGGAGAAUUCAAAGACUUGAGCAGGAAAAAACGGAACUUUCUCGAAAAUUUCAAGAAGCGAACCAUCUAAUCCAGACGCGUUUUCAUGGCUCUGCUCCCGGUAGCGAUGGAACAGAAAGUGAUUCGAGCAAAUACGAACAGACCAUAGCACAGCUAAAAGAUGAAGUGCAGAUCUUGAAAAAGCGUUUGGCAGAGGAAAAUAGUGCCUCACUGAGACCGGCAAAGGAUUUGAAUCAGGAGGAAUUGGAAAAGAAGAUAAAAGAACUGAAAGAGAAGAACAGGCAACUGAUAUUGGAUAAACAGGAUUUGCAACGGGAUUUGGAAGAAACAUCUGAAAGACUGACGAUACAGACAAGAGAACUGAAGGAAGCAGUAAAGCACCGGGAUCUGGCAAAGCAGGAUUAUGAUGAGGUACUUAACACGGCCCUGCUGGAUGAGCGUGACAAGUCGAAGCGCUGCGAGAAGUUGGUGAAAGAACGAGAAUCGGAAAUCUCACAGCUGCAACAGAAGAUUGAUGUAUUCAGACUUGAGUUACGGAAGCUUGAAAUCAUUCGAAAAGAAGCCGAAACAGUAGCGGAACGCGCCCAGCAAGAUCUGUUAAGUGAACGUCUGCUCCGAGAAACGCUACAGACAAAGCUGGCAUCACAGGAAUCAAAGACUGAAAGUGAAGAGGUCGAGCGACUAACAUCCGAGCUGCAGAAGGUGAAUGUACGAUACGCCGAGAUGGUUGAAUCCGAGGAAAAAAAGCGUCAGCAAAUUGUUGAGUAUUGGCAGGUACCAACGGCGUUUCUGCAGCUAUGCUCAUUAGUUCGAGCUCAUUUAGCG